UAUAAGAAAGAUACAAAAAACCAGAAACUGUGUUUUUCAGUCUAGUCAAUCCAUUUCUGGUAUUUUUUUCAGCCGUAAAAAAACAAAGGUGCUUCUUAUUCUUUUGUGGCUUAUUAAAUGAAAAAAAUGUAUUGAGAAAAAACUAACGGUACGUGGCGGUUCAUGUGUAAUUCCAGUAUCAACCUAUUUUGUGGGAAUUUUUACUCUAUGCAGAGUGAUGGCCCAGCACAAUUUUACGAAACGUUCAACGCACGUUCAAACCGAGCUUCCCUUCACGGUAAUCCAUCUCGAACAUACGCCCGCAAUUCAAGACAACCCACUGUUCCAGGCAAUCGAACUUGGAAGCACUGUUUUCGUUGUUGAUGAAGACGCUGCCCUAAGUUUUCUCGACAAGUUUAUUCCGUUUCAUGACUAUGCAAUGUUUAGAAAUCCUGGAAAAUGUCUUAUAAUUACGAUUAACUCUGUCGGUGCUGAAGCUAGUGAUCUACUGGAGAAAAUAAAAUUGCAUCCAACAAUUCUUGAGAUUGCGAAUUUGCUAAUCGUCGUCCCGAAUGGUAAAGUGUUUGAAUUAAUUACACAUCGUUGGGUUGGGGAUCCCCCGGAGGCAUUGGAGUUGCUACAUUUGGAUACCUAUCAACCGGACAGUGGCACAUUCGUUGAUGGCAAUGACCUGUUUCCGGACAAGAUGAACAAUCUGAUGGGUAAGACAAUCCGGCUUGCGGCAUUCUAUCUGCUCCCUUGGAUCAUGAUGCGUCAAAAAGAUGAUGGAGUCGUACGGUAUCUGAAUCAAUCGUACACUAUAGAUGGGAUCGACGGGUACAUGCUGGUACAGUUUUGUAUACGAUUCAACUGCACUUGGGAUUUAUCAGUUGAUCAAUACUGGCAGUAUGGACAAGUGUUUGAGAAUCGGACCGGAAAUGGAAUGACCGGGGCCUUGGUCGCACGAAAGGUAGAUUUUGCCCUAGCAGCAAUGGGUAGCUGGUUUCAACUAUUCAAAUACUUCAGCUUCUCGAUUUCCAUUCAGUGGAUCGGGAUUACCACUCUGACUCCAAAACCCAAGUAUGUGCUUAACGUUAGUUAAAGGAAAGGAUCAGUUACAGUGAUUCCAUUGCAGAUUGAUACCGGCCUGGAAGAUUAUAUUUCUGAUGUUCUCCGGACCAGUGUGGACUUUGGUAAUAGUGACAUAC